AUGGCUCCCCCAACUUCGCGCAAGAGGAAAUCUGACGAGAUGGACGAUCUCGCAGAUGGUGCUGUCACCCCCUCCGGCAGCCCGGUGCGCAAGAAGAUGAGGAUCACGCAGCAACAGAAGCAAGCGUUGAUAGACAAUCUGCAACUAGAGAUUACCGAGCGAGCACGACAGCUUCGAGCGGGAUACGCUCUUCAGUGUGCUGAUCUGAGAGCUCGCAUUGAAAGACGCGUCAACCGCAUUCCUCUCUCAAUCCGCAAGAUGACCAUGCGAGAACUGAUGCAGCAGCAUGAAUCUUCGAAUGCCAAACGGAACCAGCCUCGUGCACCACCUCCCAAACAAACAAUCUCCGUCGAAAUACCUGCACCUAAGCCUCUGCCUCCUCUCCCACAGGAAAGCGGCACAACGAAGCUACCUUCUGCGGUUUGUUCUCAAAUACAAGCAGCUCCAGCCACCCGAGGAGGCAAGAAGCGCAUGAGCCCUCAGAUUCAGAUUGCCUUGGACAAGGUGAGCGAGCAGGAUCCCUCAGAAGCAACACUCGAUGCUCUGCCUGUGGUCAAGAACACCAAGCGUACCAAAGGAGCAGUCCCGACGCGCCCAACUUCUCGAGCAGCUGCGAAACACACGCAAAUCUCGGUUCUCUCUCCUCGCUCCCAUAAUUCUCGCACUCUGCCUCGCUCACCAAUCAAGGAGCCCUAUCUCCAGCCUUCCCCUGCAAAGAACAUGCUCAUCCGCCCAGUACCCACUUCUAUGUCUCCCAUCCGCCCCACAUCACCGCUCAAAUCGGCCGCCACGGCAGCGACAUCGGCUAUAUCAGCGGGCGUGCACGGCAUGAUUGAACAAGCAAAACGAGGAGGGACGGCCACCGCUGCGAAGCUGACCCGGACGGCAUCGAAGGAGAAGAAAGAAGCAGCCGCGGUUGCAAAGGCUCAAAUGCUCCCACCUCCGAAACCGAAUGCUCCACCAUCUCCGCAACGAGCAUUUAGUCAAGCCAGCAUGCACAGCACUUCGACGGAUGUCUCUGCGGCGUCGAGCGGCACGACGGUCGUCAAGCCCAAGCGUGGAGGCAGGGCGGCUACGGUCAAAGCGACGACUGCGCAAUCGAAGGAUGCGGACGCUGCUACAGACAAAAAGAGAGGAGGGAUGGCUCGGGCUGCCAGUGCCGCGAAGACGGCGCUCAAGAGGAACGCGCCUGCUCCUGCCGGCACCACCGGGGCGACGAGUAAGAGAGUCGUGGUGGCGGAGCCGGCAGCAGGGAGGCGGGUGCUGCGGAAGAGGACGUAA